GGGGCGCAGGAAGCCGCCAUCUUGAGUUGCGAGCCUGGUCUCUAGACUCAUCGCUAGGGGCGGAGUGGUGACCCCGCUGUUACCGCAGCAGACGCCGCAGCUGGGGACUGGAAAGUCAGAGCGCCGGAUAGUGCCACAUUAAUAGAUGCCAUGGCUAGUCCAGGGAAAGAUAACUAUAGAAUGAAAAGUUAUAAGAAUAAAGCCCUAAAUCCCCAAGAGAUGCGUAGACGAAGAGAAGAAGAAGGAAUACAGCUUCGAAAACAAAAAAGGGAAGAACAGUUAUUCAAACGCCGAAAUGUCUCUUUGCCCAGAAAUGAUGAAUCUAUGUUAGAAAACCCUAUCCAGGAUCCGGAUAUCAGUUCCACUGUACCCAUUCCAGAGGAAGAAGUUAUUACCACAGAUAUGGUUCAGAUGAUUUUUUCUAAUAAUGCUGAUCAACAACUAACAGCAACACAGAAAUUUAGAAAGCUGCUUUCUAAAGAACCUAAUCCACCAAUUGAUCAAGUUAUACAGAAACCAGGAGUUGUGCAGAGAUUUGUGAAAUUUCUUGAAAGAAAUGAAAAUUGUACAUUACAAUUUGAAGCUGCAUGGGCAUUAACUAAUAUAGCAUCUGGAACUUUUCUACAUACCAAAGUAGUGAUUGAAACUGGGGCUGUUCCAAUUUUUAUCAAACUUCUUAAUUCAGAGCAUGAAGAUGUUCAAGAACAGGCUGUUUGGGCACUUGGUAAUAUUGCUGGUGACAAUGCAGAAUGCAGAGAUUUUGUUUUGAAUUGUGAAAUACUUCCACCUCUUUUAGAGUUAUUAACAAAUCCAAACAGACUUACAACAACCAGAAAUGCAGUAUGGGCCCUCUCAAAUUUAUGUAGAGGAAAAAAUCCUCCUCCAAACUUUAGUAAGGUUUCACCUUGCUUAAAUGUCCUGUCACGAUUGUUGUUUAGCAGUGACCCAGAUGUAUUAGCAGAUGUGUGUUGGGCCCUUUCUUAUCUCUCAGAUGGAUCCAAUGAUAAAAUUCAAGCUGUCAUUGAUUCUGGAGUCUGUCGAAGAUUGGUGGAACUUUUGAUGCACAAUGAUUAUAAAGUUGUAUCACCUGCAUUAAGAGCAGUUGGUAAUAUUGUGACUGGUGAUGAUAUACAAACACAGGUAAUUUUGAAUUGCUUUGCAUUACCCUAUCUCUUACACUUAUUGUGUAGCUCAAAGGAGUCAAUCAGAAAAGAAGCCUGCUGGACUGUUUCAAACAUCACUGCUGGAAAUAGAGUUCAGAUUCAGGCUGUUAUAGAUGCAAAUAUUUUUCCUAUAUUAAUCGAUAUUCUUCAGAAAGCAGAGUUUCGCACCAGGAAAGAAGCAGCUUGGGCAAUAACUAAUGCGACAUCAGGAGGCACUCCAGAACAGAUAAGGUAUUUGGUAGCCUUAGGCUGCAUUAAACCACUUUGUGACCUGUUGACUGUUAUGGACUCUAAAAUAGUCCAAGUGGCUUUAAAUGGACUUGAAAAUAUUUUACGUCUUGGAGAACAAGAAUGUAAGCAGAAUGGAAUAGGCAUUAAUCCAUACUGUGCCCUCAUUGAAGAAGCAUAUGGCCUGUAUAAAAUCGAAUUUCUGCAAAGCCAUGAAAAUCAGGAAAUUUACCAAAAGGCUUUUGAUCUGAUUGAACAUUACUUUGGUGUAGAAGAUGACGACUCCAAUAUUGUACCUCAAGUGGAUGAAAACCAACAACAGUUUGUAUUUCAGCAGCAGGAAGCACCAAUGGAAGGGUUUCAACUUUAACUUGGUAGGAGGAAAAAUUAAUGGCUAAAAAGGGUAGCUUCAGAUAUCUCCCCUUUCUUGAAAUGUCAUUAGGAAUAUUUGAUGUGUUUUUAUGUAGAACAAAAAAGAAAGACGUUAAUGCACUUUUAAAAAGCAAAACAAAACAAAAGUUUCCAUCCAUAUACAACCUUUUAUUAUAGUUUUGUUGUUAUUUUGG